CUGACUGAUCGUCAGAGAAAGCGGGGAGGAAGAAAACAAAGGGGGAAAGAGAAGCACCUUUCGGAGAGCAUAGCACGCUGCCCGGACACACUGUGCCGCAAUUUGAAAGGAUGUGAAGCGAGUCUCUGUGCCGUUACAAUCUGCGCCUGUAGAACUUUUACAGAGGUUUUAAGAAGUUUUCUCCACUUCUAUUUAUGCGAAUGGUUUAUACUAAAUCGCCGCCGACACACAGCAUUGGAGACUUUAAUAAAACACAAAAGCACGGUACAAUAGGAAAAUGGAAAACAGUCGGGGGAUCGGUGCGGUAAGACCCGGGUCACGGGGCGCCCGCAGCUGCUGGACCUUCUUGAGAGACGCCUUGCUGGUUUCUCUUUUGGCUGGAUGCUGUGCCGGCCAGUGCGACAGCUGUCUGGAAUACUGCUGCGACGGAGCCCCUCCUUUUUGUUGCUCAUACUACGCAUAUGUGGGUGAUGUCCUCUCGGGCACGGCCAUUUCCGGGAUAGUGUUUGGUGUGGUGUUCCUAAUGGGUGCGGUGGCGGCUAUCUUCCUUUGCCUGUGUAUGUGCGUGAAGAACGGACGUAACUCGCGGGUGGGGGUCUUCAGAGCUUGUCACGUCAACACUGUUGCGCAGGGAUACCGAGGACCCCCUCCUCCUUACAGCUACGACUAUGAGAUGAACCCCCACCACAUUCUACCACCACCUUACACGCCAACCCCUCCCAGAACCCACCCCCCUCCACCUCCUUACCCCGGUUACUCCAGCAAGUAGCAGCUCUUGGUACGAAUGGCCCCCGAGCAUGCUGGGAUGCCACCCCAUUGAAAUGAAUGUACCCUCAGCAACCAGGAUGAUACAGCUCUGACGCCCACUUCUCUGUGAUCUCUGUAUAUCCUUGAUGACUGAUAUUUGUACAGGCACAACAUUGGGCACCCCUGUGGGUUUGCUGGCAUUUGGCAUGGUCUUCUAUCCCUGUAAUGAUGGAUUCUCCUUUAAGCCAAAAGCGGAAAAACAGAUAUCAGUGGUACCAAGACGUCUCACGGCAGGAAAUUUAUCUCAAGUCCUCCUCAGUGUCUCACGCAAAAAUGAAACCACGCAGACUUUUUGUAAUGUGGCACUAGUCCCGAGGACAGAUGUGCCAGUUUUCAUUGUGGCUCAAAGAUCUCUUAAUAAUUGAUGGAGUUAGUUGUUACAUGGACAUCCAAACAUCAUGUUCAUCACUAUGUCUGUGACUGUCCUAGCCAGUAAGACCAUUGCAACAAACUUGGUUUGAGCUCCACUUGCCUGCAAGAAGAUUAAAAGGCUGAUCUGUGGUAGCAACUUUCAUCACAUGCUUACAGUGACACUGCACUUUCCCAGAAUUUGGAAAUGUGGGAGAACGUUUUAGUUUUCCUAGCCCUAUCAUGGAUUGAUAGAGGGUUGGCUCUCCAGGUUCAGACUACAGAAAAUAGCAAAUAUUGAUAGAACAUUUUUUGCUUAUUCAGUUUUAUACAUUUUUAUCUCUGUCUUUGCAGAGGCGUGCCAAGGUACAAAAUGUAUCUAUAUGCAGAAUCCCUUGUGCCAUCUCGGUGAAAAUGUUCUAUCACUCAAAAUUGUUUUAUUAUUGUGUUUGUUGGGUGUUUGUAUUAUGUUCUGUAUGUUGAAUAAACUGUUUAUGAAAAA